AACCGAUUACGUAAAGAAGAACAAGUGUAAAUACAAUAAAAUAUAUUUGGUCAUUUGUAAAUUUGUUAAGACAAAAGUAACAUGGUCGAUCCGAAUCGUAAAAUUAAUCGCUUAACUGAUAAAGAUGUUGAGUUUCUCGUUGAAUGUGAAGAGGAAUUUGGUGAUCGUUAUUCGCAUGAUGACGAUGAAUUCAUGGCUCAUUGUGCAAAAUCCUCGGCCGCACCACCAAUUGUAGAGAAUUGGUCCGCAGCUACGUAUGGUGUUGGUAACAGCGGUACGGGAAAUCACCAUAACAACAGAUCUGGUCCUGGUCGCCAUCAGAGAUCUUGGCGCGGUGGCAAUCAUAACUUUUGGAAAGGCAACUACGAUAACCGACGCCAUAAUGAUAAUCGAGAUACGCAUCGAUAUAGAUCUAAGGCAUACCAAAAAGACCGUAGACCCAUGAAUAUAAGACGUGACUAUAACAAUUUUGUAGCAGCCUCCAAAGAUUGAUAAAAAAAACAAAAAUUUCAGAUUCUCAAUAAUAGAUAAAUCAUCAUCGGGAUCUUCUUCAUCGUAAUUAUC